GUUGUGAUAAAGGGUAUCAAAUUAAAGUGUGCUUGACUCACUAUACUUUGUUCUUGUUGUUUUACUCUAGACCAAGAAGUGAAUUAUUUUGAAAGUUAAAGCAUGGACUUCAGUAUCGCAUCAGUGAUCAUAAUUCUACACAUUUCAGGCUCUCUAACAUUGGACUAUCUCUCUGUGAGCUGUGAAAAUAUUUGUGCUCUGAGGGAAACCAAUGUGCAGUUGAAGUGCUCUUAUGACGAGGACAACAUCAAAUCUGUGUUCUGGUUCAGUGAGAAACAAAGUACAAACUGGAGAAAAAACAAUGAACCUGAAGAUUUGACUUUAGACUCAGAUUACUCAGGACGGGUGAAAGAUGAGAUCUCAAGCAACUAUUCAACGCUCACAAUAUCAGACGUGAGAGAGAGAGACUCUGGAGAAUAUCAGCUCAUGUUCAUCAUGAAGGAUGGAGUUAAACAUCUCAGCUCAGCGGCCGUCAGUCUAACAGUCACAGACCUGCAAGUGAGGAUGAAUCCUGAAUCUACAGACCAGAAACACCAGAGAAUAGAUCUGACCUGUGAGACUUCCUGUGAUUUGACGUCCAGGCCUCAGAAGUACUACUGGAAAAAAAAUGGACGAUAUAAAGAAGAUCUUAGUCAUUCCAGGAGUAUUACAGUUUCACCCAAAGCCGGUGUCAGUUACUCAUGUUUUCUUACUGGAGAUCUUAUGAACUCCUCCUCUCCUGUGUGCAUUUCUAAGAGUCCCUGCUGGGAUGUGACUUACUCCUCUAGAAGAGUCUGUGCUUUGGUCGGCUCAACAGUAGACAUUUCCAGCACAUACACACAUCCCUCUGAUCAUACUGUAAAUAAAACAUUCUGGCAUUACCCAUCUGGUGACUUCAAGGAUUUGCGUGAGGAGCAUCAGUUUGCUGGUCGUGUGGAGUAUGUGGAGAACAAACUGAGAAUCAAAGAGCUCAAGAUCAGUGACUCUGGAGAAUAUCUAUUCAGGAUCAUCACUGACUCAGAAAAAUACUCUGGAUCACCUGGAGUCAUUCUUACUGUAACAGAUACGCAGGUGAAAAGCAGUCCAUCUGUUGUUUCAGAGGGACAGGAAGUGAUAUUAAUCUGUUCAACUAAAUGCACUCUGAACAACAAACAUACUUACAUCUGGUACAAGAACAGACGACAGGUAACAGAUGGAAUCACUAAAGACAACAAGCUGUACCUGGACUCAGUCAGCGAUGAAGAGCUUCACCAGUAUUCCUGUGCUGUAGGAGAUCCAGUGGACAGCACAGCGUUCAGACAUUAUACAGUCACUCUGCUGGUGUUUUUACCUCAGUUUCUCAUAAUAGCAGCUCUGUGGAUGUGGUUUUUCAUUAAAAUGCAUCUCAUUUCGAAACCAAACCAAGAACACAAGUGAAGAAUCAGAUGUUCUACAUCUGUACAUCUGCUGUCUGUCAAUCAGAGCUGCUGGAGUGAUGUCAUUGUGAUCCUACAUUGUGACAUCAUCACCUAGCAACAGAGAGAAAUGUCAGCAGCUCUAUCAGUGAUUCAGUGACGUCAUAGACAGUGACAUUUAUUCAUAAUAUUAGCCUUUCUUCAGGCUUCAAACUGUUUAUUAACAAAGCACUCCCCCCCUCCAAGAAAAGGAUUGAAAAGUGAAGGAGCGGCUGUUCUGUUUAUUUUGUAUAUAACUUUAUUCAGUAUGCGUGAACACUUUCAUAUUUUAUGUGAUAGCAAUCCAUUUAAAUUUGAAUCUUUCUUGCUUCUUCUUCAUGUGUGAGUGUGAUUUGAUCUCAAAUAACAUUCAGUAGUCCAGAAACUUUCUUUAGGUAACAUUUAUCAUCAAAAUUAACCGGA